ACUCUGAAAUGCAAACAUUUGUUUUUUAAAAGAAUUACCGUCCUCCAACCGCUGUACGUCGUCGGUCAGUCGCCGCUCGCACCACCACCACCACUUCCAACACCCUCUCUCAGUCGUCUGCUGUACGUGCGAAAGGAGAGGUUGAAUGGCGUUACUGUGUUACCGCUACGUCAGGAUCGCAGAGCCCUGUUAGCUACCAUGAACACCCUAGCACUUAAACAAGAAGCCAGCGAACGCCUGUACGCCUGCGAGUUAUCCCUCAUAAGUAAAGUCAAGGAGCACCCACACCUCUACGACUUCAACCACAGGGACUACAAGGACACACAGAAAUGCAUACAGACGUGGUUUAACAUUGCUCAAGAACUCGGAAUAAGACCAGAGAAAUGGAGUGUGUGCAAGGAAAGGUGGCGCACGCUAAGAGAUGUGUAUGUGAGGAAUAGAAAAUGUUACUUGAUGGGAGGGGAGCGAGCCAGAAAGAGGAACAAGUGGAAAUACUUCGACGAGAUGAAUUUUCUGCAUCCCUACAUCAACCACAGAGCUUUUGAAGCCGAGAAGGACGCUCACGAUAAUAGGAUACUGUGGCAGAACAUUAAACAAUCAGACACAGAAAGUGAUAGUGACAGCAAUGAAGCAGCACCAUUUGGACAACAGAGAUCAACCAUAUCCCCUAAUAUAGAGGCACAAGUACUCAACAGCAGUUUGAAGAGGGAACUCUCUGAAGAAGAUGAGGAGGGUGAGAAAAACACUAAAGGACCUCUUUUGGACGAGGAAAUUUCUGACAACCUGAGAAGAUAUCUGAAGCCAAAAAGUGCUGCUGUGGAGGAGUUGGAGGCUCUGUUACUGCAAGAUGCUGAUCCAUUGGCUGUUACUAUGAAUGGGCAACACAUUAAGCAAGAAGUAGAAUGGUCAGAUGAUGAAACAGAUAUGCAAGAGAAAGUAUUAAAGCCAUUAUCACCAUCUGCAUCACCACCCAUACCACCACUGCCAUCACCAGUAACACCUCCACCAGGAAAGGAUAAAAAGACAGUAAUGUUUAAUUUAAAGCUUCCUAGUGGCAAGUCCAUUCCAGCAACCUUCGUUACAGACCCAAAAGCAGCCUUCACAAAGACGAUUAGAAUGACCAAACCAACCCCCUUGAAUAGUGUUCCCAUAAAGAUCAAGACUGUAACUGGUGACCAGGUCAGGGCCUCUGUCUCCCAGUCAUCUCUAAUGCUAUCAUCACUACUACCAAAGCAACCACCACCACUCCUGCAGGAGGACACCCCCACCUUGAAGAAGGAAAAUAGAGACAGCACUCCAAGAACUUCCAGGAGCCCUACACCUUGCACUGAGCAGGUCUAUAAGACAGUCAGACAAAAUGUACUUCGAAACCCUGUUAUAGAGGAUGAAGAGGAGCUCUAUGGUAAAUAUGUAGCCGCUGCCAUGAGGAAGCUAACCAGCAGAUCCAGGUCUCUGGCAAAGAUGCGUAUUCAGCAAGUUCUUUUCCAUCUUGAGGAGUCAGACAGGGCAUGUGACUAGGGCAGGAUGGACAACAGAGACCUAACUAAGGUGCUGGGUGUAGUGCUACAAAAACAGAGACCAUCAGUUUGGUUUCUUGUCUAUAUUUGUACAAAUUAUUUUUAUACUUAUGUAAGGUAAAUAUUAAGAUAUUUAUGAAUUCAGCAAGACUGAACUGGCUUAUCUAUGUUCCAAACAUAUUUAGGAAGAAGCAGGUAAUGUCAUAGCUGAAAAAGAUGCAUUUAUAAGUACCAAGGGCAUGUUUAGUGAAUUUAUUAUGAGAGACCCUCCAAGAUGUGUACGUAACAAGUGAACCUCUGUUUCAAAUUUCUCACCAUUGUUUCAGUUAUUCUUUACGGAAGUUUGUGCAUUGAAUGUGUUGAAGGCCAGCACUACAGAAAAGCUGCUUCUUUUUCUCAGAAUAUUAGGGCUAUUAAAUUGCAUAAAAGUAUAUAUAAAUUUAUUAUUUGCAAUUCUCUUUAAAUUUUGCAGGUUACUACUGCCUAAUCCAAUAUUAUAAUGUAUAGCUGUGUUUUGUUAAAGUUAAUAAACACAUUAAAUCUUCUAACUACCAUAGCAUAAUCCAUACUCGUACACCUGUUGGGCCUUCCCGAGUGCUGAUUUGUUACUUUAACUCAACCUUAUUUUAUGUAUUUAUUUAUUUUUUUACACUAAAAUGGCUUUAAGUAUACUGUGGUCCACCAACACUUCUCCCUCCCCCAAAGAUUUUUUUUUCGCAUAUUAAA